AUGGCAUCACCGACACAGCUGUCCGCGGAUGAGGCGGGAUGGAGGUUCGCCCAGUGCUUCGGCGACAAGGGCGAGGUUGAGGACAUCACGGAGGCCGACAUCAUCUCGUGCGUCGAGUUUGACCACACCGGCGACUACCUUGCGACAGGCGACAAGGGCGGACGCGUGGUCCUUUUCGAGCGCAACGAGCACAAGAAGGGCUGCGAGUACAAGUUCUACACCGAAUUUCAGAGCCAUGAGCCUGAAUUCGACUAUCUCAAGUCGCUUGAGAUAGAGGAGAAGAUCAACAAGAUCAGGUGGUGCAAGCGGCAGAAUGCGGCGCACUUCCUCCUCUCGACCAACGACAAGACGAUUAAGCUGUGGAAGGUGUUUGAGAAGUCGCUCAAGGUGGUCGCCGAGAACAACGGUUCCGCCGCAGCUGGCAACGGCCCUCCUUCUCCUCCACCCGCCGCCCUGACGCAGCCUAUUCCCGGUCUCCCCUCCUCCACCUUCCCCGGCUCACCGUCCGGCUCAAACGGCGCCUCGUCCGCAGACGGCCAAACGCCCUUCCUCCGCCUCCCGCGCAUGACCUACCACGACACGAUCGUCGCCGCCGUGCCGAGGAAGGUCUAUGCGAAUGCGCACGCGUACCACAUCAACUCGAUCUCAAUGAACUCGGACGGCGAGACGUACAUGAGCGCCGACGACUUGCGGAUCAACCUCUGGAACCUCAACAUCUCCGACCAAUCAUUCAACAUUCUCGACAUCAAGCCCGUCAACAUGGAGGAGCUGACCGAGGUCAUCACGGCGGCCGAGUUCCACCCGGUCUCGUGCAACCUCUUCGGCUACUCGUCGUCAAAGGGGACGGUCAAGCUCGCCGACAUGCGGGAGCAGGCGUUGUGCGACAAGCAUGCGAAGAUGUUCGAGGAGGAGGAAGAUCCGUCGAACAAGUCGUUCUUCUCGGAAAUCAUCUCGUCGGUGUCGGACGUCAAGUUCAGCAAGGACGGACGGUACCUCCUCUCUCGCGACUACCUCAACCUCCGGAUCUGGGACAUCAACAUGGAGAACAAGCCGGUCCAGACGAUCAACGUGCACGACCACCUCCGCAGCAAGCUGUGCGACUUGUACGAGAACGACUGCAUCUUCGACAAGUUCGAGUGUACGUGGUCCGGCGACGGCAGCCACGUCCUGUCCGGCUCGUACAACAACUUCUUCCACAUCUACGACACCGCAGCGACACAGGACAUCGUGCUUCAGGCGGACAAGUCGGCCUUCAAGGCGAAGAAGAUCGGCGGGAACAAGAACAAGGCGGGUCCGGGCGGAGCGGCGGGCAAGGGUGGCAAGAAUGGAGGCGCGGCGGGCGGCAAGCCCUUGAUCGAUACGGAGAGCAUCGACUACAACAAGAAGAUCCUGCAUGCGAGCUGGCACCCGCGUGAGAACACGAUUGCAAUCGCGGCCGUCAACAAUCUCUUCAUUUACGCGCAGCAGACGCCGUCCAAACCCGCAUCGUCGUCGAACGCAUCAAGUGCAGGAACAAGCUCCGGCUCAGGAGCGCCCUAA